AUGCGUCUCUCUAGCCUCUCGUUUUUCGUUCAGGCACUCCUGUUGACUGCGGUCGCAGCCCAGAGUGCCGGUGCCUCCAACAUCGUGCAGGAUCUAACAAGUGAAACCACUUCCUCAUCCUCCAGUUCCCAAGCGCCUGAAACAACUUCAUCUACAUCAUCAUCAACAACUUCCUCCACAUCCUCUACCUCAUCGACGACCUCUGAGGCCCCGACUAAAUCUGCCGACCCUACUACAUCUUCGACUACUUCCAACACUUCUUCCACUACUGUCCCUGCAGAGACCACACCGUCUGCCGAGCCCACUGUUGCCCAAACCACCUCCACCACCAAGGAACCCGCUGCUACCACGAGCUCCGAAGGCACCAGUAUUACCACGGCCCCAAUCACAUCCCAGAGCUACGUCGUGAAAACCAUCACCUCAUACGCGACCAGCGAUGGCUCCACCGUUGCCAACUUGAUCACCACCUCCACUCCCGUUGUCGUGACCAGCUCCCCAUCUCUGAACGGAAACAAGAGCUCCGGCUCCAGCGGCGUGUCCUCAUCUGACAAGAAGAUCAUCAUUGGUGUCGUGGUCGGUGUUGGCGGUGCCAUCCUCAUCGGUGUCCUCGGCCUGGGCUACUGGAGACUCCACAAGAAGCGCAACGAGCAGUUCGGUGACGAGGAUGAUCUCAUGGGUGGAACCGCUGUCGGCACCGGUCCUCGCGAGAAGGCCCCUAGUCCGACCGCCGGCGCCCCCUUCAAGAAUACACUUGACCAGUACCACAACAAUGGCCGUGUCAACGCAGCAGCCAACUUCUAA